AUGGUCGGCGUGCGGAAGAGCAAUCGCUGUGACAAUUGCCGGAUACGAAAGAAAAAAUGUGACGAGAAGCGACCGUCAUGCUCAGAAUGUAUCCGUUCAGGCUGGACCUGUCCUGGGUACAAAACCAACCUGCCCUGGAGAUUCGUAGAUGAAGCCCCACGACUAGCCUCCCAGUAUGCGAGACGGAAAUACAUCUACGAUAGCAUUUCCUCAAACUUUGAUGAAGAUGAAGAUCAAGAUACAAACCUGAAAGGAGUCAUGUCCUGGAAGCGAGAGCAAAUCAAAUCUUCAAUCCCUAGAUAUCACGAGAUCAACCCCCUCGGACCAGCUUUCAUAUAUUGCCUGGACAGCAAAGUAAACGGAUCCUUGGUCUCUCUUCGGAUUUCCGGCUCGUGUUUUGAUUUCGUGCCCGCUCGAUUGGGGCAUAACGUUGCGCUCGAUGAUGCGGUAUCUUGUAUCUGCGCUAUCUAUUGCCGCAGACCCUCCAUCUCCUAUACUGCGGACCGGGAGAUUUACCAGAGCUAUGUCAAGGCUUUAUCGUCUUUGCGCGGGUGUCUGAGUGAUGCUUCUCUGCGGAUGGAGGCGGAGACACUUUGCGCGUCGAUUUUGCUGCAGAUGUGUGAGCUGGUUGUUAGUACGGGUAGAGGCGAUUGGGGAAGUCUGGCGCGUGGAACAGCGGUGCUGCUUUCCUCGAGGGGUGUGCAGCGGUAUUCAAGUGAGUUCGAGCUUGCGAUGCUUGAGUGCCAGCUACCGCAUGUCUUCGGGCAAUCCUUGAAGCUGAAAGAGCAUUGUUUUUUGAGUUCCCCGGAAUGGCAGAUGUUGCUACAGCAGGGUCCAGUCUGGCCAUAUCAUACGACGCAAGCUUCUUCACUGAGCUUGCGCACUCGCCUCAUAACCACCAUGUCGGAGAUGCCGAGCUUAGUUUCCUAUCAUUCCAAAGCCGGCGGGGAUGAGAUGUACCAUGAGUCAGGGAAAGAGGGAACUGAUUUGCUGAUUGAGAAAGCAAGAAGGAUGCUCAAGGGUAUAAAGAGCUGGCUGACACUUGAAGCUGAGCCCCUAUUCCUUUUCUCUUCUUCAUCUUCUCUUGAACCGCAAGGGUAUAUCAAUUACCCAGAUCUCCUCGUUGGCAUCGUAGAUUGCGUGGCGAACACAGCACUUGUCACCAUCGAUCGGAUCCUGCGCUCUCUAUAUAACACAAAGGUGGCAUCUAAUGUUCUUACGGGUGAGAACUUUGAACUGGGCGUAGAGUUUGAUGAGCCGGAGGUCGUGGAAGGUUGGCGUCGACGUGCGGUGUCUGCUUUUGAGUAUGUGAAGGGCGAGUCUGUGAUUGCCGCGAAACCACUUGACUUUGGG